ACAUGAAGCAACAGUGUGACUUUGAUGUGCCUGCCUGAUGAGAGCAAACUAGAACGCUUCUCUUGCCCUCAGUUUGCAUGGUUAUUGUAACCAUGAGCAACAUCCUUGGUUGUACAGUAGUAUGCUGCCUCUAACAGUGCUCUGUAGUCUUUUGUUUGUUGGUUUCUGUUUGACUUGUUUUGAGAUUUGCUCUGCGGCACGUCCCUAUUUGUGCCUUCUGACUUGUAUGGGCUUGGAGGAGUGCUUUGAGUUGUCAACAUAACUCCUCAAAUCAAAUUGUGCCUCCUUUACGGUUUGGUUUUGGGCUUGCAUUGGUUUGCUAAUCCUUGCAGUCAUGUCAUUAUGCUCCUCUUUGCGUGACUGGCGUGCUGUGCUGCUGCUGAACAUUUCUUUUGACACGUUGGUUUGGCUGUCUCUCUUGAGCAGCAGCAGUAUCAACACUGGGGAAAUGCAGCCCCCUGAGCAGGGCUCCGUGAGGGUGGACCACCGCCGGCCCGUGUCCACUGACAGCCUGUUCAGGGAGAUAUACGGUGACUCUGAGGAUGAGGACGAGGAGGAGGGCUACGCUGACCCCAUCCAAGAUGAUCUCUACUCCCGCAAGAUGGGCGUCAAACCACAGCCUGUUGCCAAAGUAUCUUAUGACAAGUUCCUACCAAAGUUCUGGACGCCCGAAGAAGACGUUCACAUACAGAAGAUCAAACUGGGCUCUCAGAGGAGACCCUGGUACAAGAAGAUACAAGGCUUCAGCCAUAAGAAGUCGGGCUCUUCGUCAGAUGAUUCAGACUGUGACGUCAGUCCUUGGCUCUCCUCUGCCCCCUCUCCCUCCGGCCCCUUUCACUCUCAUUCCCACACACACGAGGCCUCGGCUCACACCACCCUUGUUGUGGCGAAAAGUCCUCAUAUUCAAGCACACACUGUCCCUCAUCUCCCCAAGAUACAGCCCCCUCUGUUAGAGACCCCCCCUCUGGUGUUUGCCCCAGUGGACCCCGCCUCGGGUCCCAGACUGGUCAAAUGUGAGAGGUGGCCACUCCUGGGGCGCCAAGACCCCCGGGAGCCCCCGGACCGUUUUGAUUACGAGAGCAUUUUCCCUGACUUGGCGAACGAUGACAUGUUUACCAGGCGAACCCUUGCCUUCCAGUCUAACACAGACUUGGCUAUGAUGAAGACUCAGCUGUCCGUCAACCGUCGUCGCUACACGUCUGAGCCGCAACUCAACAUCGUCACCCAGCGCCACAGCUGUGUCAGCACCGACGAGAACGAUUUCCCGGACAUCGAGCAGGAUGAUAUGGUUUAUCGUAAGGAGAAAAGCCAGCAGGCUCAGCAGCGGCGGCCUCUCUCAGGAGCCCCUGACAACUAUGCCCCUAUGCCCAUCCCAGAGCCGUGGGAUCUGCCUCCUGAUCUCAAGGCCAGACUCCUGUGCCCCCCGUGUCCUCUGACCCAGGAGGCAGCGGCAAACAAACAGAACCAGGCCGAGAAUGAGACUCGUCCUAAAACAGAUGACAUGCUUGUCCGGAAACUUGGAGGUUGUUCUGAUCAGAGCCAGAGCUCGCAGAUGACGCCUUCAGUGCCUUCUUCCUGUAGCAAAGGUGACCUGCAGAGAUGGCAGGCUAUCAGGGAAGCCAGUCAGCUCAGACAUAGGAAGAGGCUCAUGGUGGAGAGGCUGGCUGCUCUGAGGUCAUAAAAACAGAUUGCCUGUUAGUUUCUCCUUACUUUGUAGUCUGUGAAAACUCAUUUCAAUCUUGAAAUAUUUUCUGUGUGAUGGUGAAGUGGUCUCAACUGCAUGAUGAUCCAACUUGUAAAUGAUUGAUAUGAAGGCCGUCACUCUCAUAGAUGGGAGUUUUAUCUAUUUAAACUCUUCUUUAUGGCCACUAACCUUGGUGCGUUAGGCAUUCAUUGUCACGGUCAGUCACAUAAACUGGAGCAGAAACAGCUCAGAGCUUUUUGUUGUGUAUUAAAUGUAGAAAGAAGCUGUAAUGAAAGUCCCUAUGACAUCGUCACCAUAGGGCCAUUGGUAAUGGUUUUCUGCAUGGUUUUACUUUAGCAACACAGGGUAUGUACAUGCUGAGUGGCAAGACUGUACAUGAAGCUACUGUGGUUUAGAAGUGUGAUUUCUUUUUUUUCUUUUUUUUUUAACAAAACGACACAAAUCUCCAACAUCAUCAACCAAAGUGAGCUAAGUGCAUCACGAGGUACAACAGAUUCUGCAUUUUAUCUUUGGUUUUGUUUUCCUAUCAGACCGAGUUUGCCUGUGAGUGGAACAAAUAUGCAAGACUAAUAAAGAAAAAUAAGAGACUUCAUGAUCUUGUGAUGGAUUGAAUUGGUUGGUUGUUGAUCUCACCGAACACCUACAAGUGACACAAAUCAGACCGGAGUUCAAUGUUGAUCUCCUCAACAGAGGGAACUUUACACUGACAUGUAAAGCUCAAAGUGCAGCAGCAGGAGAGGGUGGAAAGAUUGAAGCCUGAGUAAUAUCCAAACAUAACGUCCUGAACAUUUGACAGCACCAAGCGGGGAAAUUUAAUGUAGUCCUGCGUGUUGAGCCGAUAUGAAAGCCUAUAGAAAUUCCCCAUGGCUUCGAAAGAAGAUGAGACUCCAUAGUAACCUGAACACAAAUCUGCACUGAAGUGUUUGCACAUGAACAGACGCACACAUGCACGCACAAAGCAACCAUUUAACAUUGAGUCAAGGCCAUCUGGAUUUACUUCACUUCCAUAUGUAAAGCCAUGUUUCCAGUGACAUCAUGUCGGAGUCUCCAAAAAGGCAGCAUUGUUUAGAGGAGCAAAUAUGUCUACACGCUAAAUGUCAGGGUAGGGAAAGGUGGUACUGUGCUGCAGGCCUGCUAUACACACAUCUUAAACGCUAACUUCUUCAGUGUAUAAAGUGAUAAGCAUGUUUUAGCUGGGUUUACACACAUUUUGUGGCCCACCAGCUGGGGUUGAGUUGGUCUAAAAAUCACUAAUUGGCCUGAAGCUCUUGACAAGACAACGCUCAGACUCCGGGUCAAAGGCUUUUCUGCAGAAAUGUGACUUUUGUUGUGUGUUG